AAUGAAGCAUACUUUUCAGCUCUAAAAUUACACACGCACACACAUGCAUGCUAAUGAAGCUGCCAUACACAGGCUGCCUCUCUGUGUGGCAGCAGAGGUAAUCCUUGGGGACAGCAGUCACAGCCGUUUAGUGUUAAGUCGCAGCCAGCUGCCAGGUGGAGAGUGUGUGCGUGUGUGUGCGUGGGUUGGGUGUGAGCUGUUGUUGUUUUUGGGCAUGCUUUGCAGUGGCAUGCCCCAAUAUGUAUGCCAAAUGUGUAUGCAACCAAAAAGUGCAUUGAACUGCCGCAAUGCUGGGACUGGGUAUGUUGCUGCGACGAACGCUGCCGCUGCAUGUGGCAUGUUGCAUGCGGCAUGUGGCAUGUGGUAGCGCGCACACGUAUAAAUAGCGGCCGUUGCCAGCAGCAUUCAGGCAAAACGCUCGCAACAGGCCCGCCCGCAAUAUGUUGGACAAUAGCGCAUCUCAUGCACCUGCCACAGGCCAGCGCCAAUUGCUGCUGCUGCCGCUGCUGCUGCUGAUAGCACUGGACAGCAGCUGUUGCCACGCCGCCGACGGCUUCAGCGUCGCCCAUCUGCUGCGGGAGGGCAAACACAAGCUGUGCGGCCAGGCGCUGAACGAUGCAAUGGACGUGGUCUGUGUGAAUGGCUAUAAUACCAUACCGAAAAAGCGAUUGGAUUCGCCACCGGAAAUGGCCAUCGAUGCGGACCAGUUGCAAUUACGGCCAGGUGCUGGCUAUGCGCUGAGUCCAUUGCUGUCCAGCAUUUAUGGCACCGAGGUGCUCAUCAAGACACGACGCCUCCGGCGGCAGGCUGGCGGUGGCAUCUAUGAUGAAUGCUGUCGCAAUGCCUGCACAUAUCCGGAACUCUUGGCCUAUUGUCGCCGAUAAGGGACACACACGCACGCACACACACACGCACGCAGACACACGCAUACGUUAUAUUCGCACAUACUCAUGCUCACACGCGAUACUGUACUCGUAAACGUAAUCAUAAUCGUAAUCGUAAUCGUAAUCAUAAUCGUAAUCGUAAUCGUUAUCGUAAUCACUUAUUUAUGCAGCACAAAAUUUAGCUAAUGAAUAAAAGUAAAACUGUGCAAGAAGUUUCACGGCUCAGCAGAAAGCUAAAGCAAAAGUUACUGACGAAAUUUCCAUUCCGACCCAUUCACACGGUACAAGGCAAACCACCUACUUCCUGCCCCACAGCCCACACCUCCAGCAACACCUGCCCCGCCCGCCCCUCCCCCAAAGACAGACAGCAGCUAAAUGACUAACUUCAGCUUCAGCUGGUUGUUAACAGCGCUUCUGCCGCUCCUGUGGAUGCCAGAUGAGGCCAACGCCCGUAUCGCACAAAAUUUAGCUAAUGAAUAAAAGUAAAACUGUGCAAGAA